AUGCCUCCUCAAAAACAGCAAGUCCAAAUAACUCAGCAAGCUCAAAAUCUUUCUUUACCCACACAGCAGCCGGAUGGGAACUGCUUUCCCUCCAACCAAUUUCAGUGCCAGCAAAAGGCACCGGUUCUGGUGAGAGCAAACUCAGUACACACCAAUGGAGAUAGCCCGUCGUGCUCGAGUUCGCCUUCUAAACAUAAAAACAAUUUACGGACGAAUUUGAUGAGAAGCCAAACGGGUCCCACCGGUUCGCUUGAAAACACGGCCGUCCACCCUUCCAACCCUGUGCAGCAAGAAAGCUAUAACAAGGCUGAUAUGCGGAUAAAGAACGAGCUGCUAAACUCGAAGAUGCCUGACCAGCCCACCAAGUACAGGAUGCUGACAAGUGGCGACCAUGUGGAUGCUACGUCAUCGUCAACCUCGUACUGUCUGGAUACAGGUGGCUUGCUGCAGCAGGGUUUUCCGAUGAGCGGAUUGGACGGGAGUGAUGUGCAGUCGCAUGGGAAGACCGGGCUUGCUUUUGGGCCGGGAGAAGACAGGUUGACGCCCGAUGCUUUGCUUUCGAGGGGUUAUGAUGCGGGAAAGGAUAUGCAGAAUCUGAUGUCUGGUUACGCUGGUAACCCGGGGGAGGUUGAGCCGGAUUUGUCGUCUGGGAUCAAUUCUCAGUUUGGGGUGCCAAAUAUGCCGUUCAGAGCAGGAUGUUCAAAUGAUGCUGCUGUUAAUGAGACCGGUGUGUUGAAUGGUGGGGGAAUGUGGCCGAGCCAGACACAACGUAUGCGUACAUUUACGAAGGUUCAAAAACGCGGCUCUGUGGGGAGAACCAUAGACGUGACACGUUACAAGGGGUAUGACGAGCUAAGGCAUGACCUCGCUCGAAUGUUUGGUAUCGAGGGCCUACUGGAAGAUCCACAAAGAACUGAGUGGAAGCUCGUCUAUGUAGACCACGAAAAUGAUAUAUUGCUCGUUGGAGAUGAUCCCUGGGAGGAAUUUGUUAGCUGUGUCCAGAGCAUAAAGAUACUCUCAUCGGCUGAGGUACAGCAGAUGAGUUUGGAUGGAGAUUUAGGUGAGCAAUUGCCUGUCCCAAACCAAGCUUGUAGUGGCACAGAUAGUGGCAAUGCUUGGAAAGUCCACUAUGAUGAUAACUCGGCAAUGUCAUUCAACCGAUAA